AUGAAGGGCCUUGCCAAAGCCAUGAAGCGGACGCCGCAUCUCAUGACGAGUAAAAUCGGCAUGGCGGCCAAAUCCUCCGAUCCAGCAUUCGAUUCUCUCAAUCAACGUUUUACCUCGCUCGAGAAGUUCUCGGAAAAGCUGCUGAAGGAUGCAUCCACCUACCGCGAUGCCGUCAAGAACAUGCUUCUCUCCGGUGCUAGCUUCGGUCGUCAUUUCGACAUCCUUUUCCAGCCCAUUGGAUCCGAAUACGACCUCGAGCGUCGACACCCCAAUGCACAGCACACCAUGGCUAACCUUCCCGCGUAUGGCCAACUGAUGGACGAGCUUAAGGAGACAUUGACCCCAGAGAUCGAGUUGGUCGAAUCACGAGUCAUCGCACCGACCAAAGACUUCCAGACCGUCAUCAAGGCGAUCCGUAAGAACAUCACAAAGCGAGACCACAAGCUGGUCGACUACGACAGGCACAACAAUGCCUAUUCAAAGCUCCGUGAUAAGAAGGAAAAGUCGCUCAAGGACGAACAGAACCUCUUCAAGGUCGAGCAGGAGUACGAGGCUGCCGCUGCCGACUACGAGUACUACAACAAUGCGCUGAAGGAGGAGUUGCCAAGGUUCUUCGAAUUGGCGAGCAAGUUCAUGACCCCACUCUUCCACAGCUUCUACUACAUGCAACUCAACGUCUUCUACCUGACGAUGGAAAGGCUGCAGAGUUUCGCGCAGGGCAAGUACGAUCUGACCAACAACUCCAUCGCUGUCGUGGAGGAUACCUACAUGUCUCAGCUCACAGAUGCUGCGGAGAGGUUGGAGAACUUGACCAUCAGGAGAGGUGCUGUACCAAGUGCCAAGGUCCUGGCCCAGAACAGAACGUCUGGUGGAGGUUUGAGUCCUUCGGGCUCGCGAUUGAGUGGACUGGCAGCAGGUGCACCAAGUCGGUCUGGAUCGAUCCUUAGCUCUCACUCGACCUCGGCGGCCGCAGUCCCGCCGCCUUACUCUCCUACUACGGCUGCUGCAGGUGGCGCAAGUCUGGGUGCGGCUGGCAAGCGCGCUCCACCUCCUCCACCGAUCAAGCCUAAGCCAGGCAUGGCUCCAGCAAGAACAUACGUCAUCGCGCUUUACGACUACACGGCAACGGCAGACGGCGAUCUCAGCUUCAGGGCUGGCGACAGGAUUGAAGUUACGGAACGCACUGCAUCGACAGAAGAUUGGUGGACGGGCAUAGUCAACGGGCAGAAGGGGGUCUUCCCCGGCAACUACGUACGAGACGAGUGA